AUGCGGCUGAGGUUUGCCGCUGCCCCGAAGGACAAGAUCAAAGCGGUCUUCGACGCCACGCCGAGCGUGAAGGAUCUGAACGCGGCCUGGUAUGCGCAGAUGCCCAAGGCUGACGCAGACGCCACUUUCGUGGCUUUCAAGGAGCUGGCGGAGGCAGUGAAGGCCGCUCCAGUGACGCAGGUCGCCCCCGUGGCAGCGCCUUCCAUGGAUGGGCCCAUUGGCAUGGCAGCCAAGAAGCUGGCAGAUGCCAGCUACCCGAUGAUUAAGAGCUUGGACUGGGCUGGCACCGGCGUGUUGGACAAGUACGUGGCCAAGACUCCAGCCACCAAAGAGUCCAUCGCCGCCUUCCUGGCUGCCGGCCUCGCGAUGGACCCCAAGCUGAUUCAGGGCGCUACGCAAGCACACCUGGAUGCGCUCAAGGAGGUGGACGGCAAGCUGGUGACGUCCCUCAAGGGCCACGAGGAAGUCACAGUCGCGAUUGCGAAGCUCAUCGCUUCGGCCCCGCCUGCCACGAUCAAGAAGGUCUUCGACACCGUUCCCAACAUUCAGGGCUUGAAUGCGGACUGGUUCGCCACCAUGCCAAUGACCGAUGCCAUCAAGUCCUACCAGGCCUUACCUCGAGACAGCCACAGCAGUUGCGGCGGCCAAGCGCUAGGCCCGCUAGCCGCUGAGACGUCACUUUUCCAUCAACUGGUCAUGCUGAAUGCAGGUUGGCGAGAUGAUUGCCGUCAACGAGGAUGCCCUCUCGUCCUUGAUACGUAG